AAAAAAAAUCAGUCACAUUAGCAUGCUGUCUUAAACUGAUAAGUUGUUUUUUCUUAAAUACGUGCUAUAUUUACUAGUUGUGUGAUAAUAAUUUUAAUUAAAAAAUGGAUUUCUCAUCAUCAAAAGUUCAGAAACAAGAUAGGCCAAAAUUCAGCCUACUUCACCUUUUAUUCCUAAAUAGUAUCAGCCUGUUUUUCAUUAUUAUAUUUUCAAUAGUCUUUUUCAUAUAUACGAUAAUAUUAAAUAUUUAUUUAAAAUUAAAAAUUGGAAAAAGUUAUGGCGGAGUUGUACCACCAAGGGAUUUAAUAUUUUUCUUACCUGACGUUUCGGUAUGUCAUAUUACCACUGUAGCAUAUGCUCGCUGUGACAAAAAAAUUGACAUGGUCAAGAGAGUUAAAGAAAUUAUACAGGAAAAGAUAUUUGAUUUUCCGGACAACUAUCCUAAGCUUACUAGCUCGACUCAUUCUUUUCAUGGUUACUAUUUCACCAAAAAAUAUGACUGUAAUGUCAAUGAUGUUGUUAAAGAAAUACACUUAGAUAAAAAUAAAGAACUCACAGAAGAAUUUUUAAAGAAGUAUACUGCCAAGGUGACAAAUGCGGAAUUUGGAAAAAAUGGAUCUGUACUUUGGGAUAUACAUGUUGGACCUUGUCCUAUUAAGGAAACACAAAACGGCGUUUACAGGUAUCCAAUCAUAUCAAGGUUUCAUCAUUCAAUCGCUGAUGGAACUUCUCUAGUGAAUCUUAUAAUCCACGUAUUUGGAGAUAAGGGAUGCGAAAAUUAUGGAAAGAAAAUUUUCGAAAAGGUGUUAAAAAAGCAAAGUAGUGGCAAACAGCGCAAAAGUUUUAGUGAAUGGGUAGAAGCAAAUGUGGUUAAUCUAAUAAAAAUGACUUCGGUGUACAUGGAACUUUUAUUCGUAUCUGCGGGAAAAUACGUAGCGAAAAGCCAUUUAAGGUCACAGGACGUAAAUGCCCUUCAUGGAAAAUUAUUAACAGGGGAAAAAUUAUGUGCCUGGGUAGCAGAAGACACAGUAGAAUGCAUACCAAUGGUAAAAAGAAUAAAAAACAAGACAAAAACCCAAUUUAUGUGCGUUGUCUCUACUGCAGUAGCUGCUAGUUUGUCAAAUUAUUUUAAAAGGAAUGACCUGCCUAUACCAGAGGACAUGUCUGGACUAAUAGCAGUUCUGCUGGAUUAUCCCGACGUUUGAUACGACUAAACCUGUGGCACUAAAAAAUAAAGCUGGUGCAGUAUUUUUUGAUACACCAAUGACUUAUGGAUCUAUUACUUUGGUAGAAGCAUUGAAAAACGUUUCAAAAGAAUGGGAAAGGCAAAUAGGAUUAGCUGAUGCUUUGGUUGGUACUAUACUUGUCCGCUUGCUGGGUUUAAUUCCACCCAUAUUAUUAGUAAAACAUCUUGAAUGGAAAUUCUCCUAUAUUUUAACCAAUGUACCUGGUGGUUCGACUAUAAAUACCCGAGAUGGUUGGAUUUUUGAAAAAUUUAUACCUAUAGCACCUAACGUAUUACUAGCUGGUGUGUCUAUUGCAAUACUGAGCUAUGACGAAAAAUUUAAUAUAGGAGUACUGAUUGAUAAGGCAUUAGUAAAAUCUCAAGAGGAAGUUCAAAUGAUAGCAGACGAUAUUUUAAUUUCUAUAAAAUCGUUGGAUCAUCAACUAGAAAAGUAGGAUUAGCUGAAGUUAGAGAUGCAAAGUUAUAUUAAUAUAUAUAUAUAUUUAAGAUAUUUUUUUUAUUUCCAUUUUUUUAUUAUUUAAA